AUGGAUGAAGAAAUUUUAGAUAAUUUAUAAGCAGUUGAAGAUGAUAAUGAUAUUUCAAAUUUUCCUUUAUUUUAAUAAAAACAAAUUGCAGAAUUCAUCAAAAAGAUUCUGGGUGAUAAUAUAACAGCAUAAAAAGCCUUUAGAGAUAAAUUUAAUAGAUGUUUAACUCUUUUCGUAUUUUAUUUAAGUCAUAUGUAUUAAAACGAAUAAUUUUAAGGAUAACAGUAAUGAAAGAGGAUUCUAGGAAGAAAAAAAAUCAGAAAAUGAGAGUAUAAGUAGCAAAAGAAGAUAUUAUAAUGACUUUAAAAGCAAUUGAUUUUUAAGAAAUUGCUGAAACUCUUGAAAGUAUAAGAAUAAAUUAAAAUAAUUAGAUGUUUAAAUAAUGUAAGCUUCUUAAGAAAAUGUAAUUUAGUCUGAGAAUUAAUAAUAUUAGGAAUUAGAAGAUGAUGAAAUGCAGGAAAUAUAAAACUUUGAAAAUAAAAUAGAUGAAUAAAAAGAUGAAGAAAAUAAUAAUAAUAAAGAUUAGGAAUAAGAUGUUUAGGAAUAAGUUGAUGGAGAAAUUGAAAAUGAAAAUAAUUAGAAUGUAGAAAAUGAUGAUGGAUAAUUAUGA